AAACGGUCGUUAGACACUAAAAAACACAUCCAGCCCGCUACCACCGUUCCCCGCUUUUUCCUUUACACAGUAGUAAUAAUAACGACGACGAUCCAGAUUGCCAAAACCCCCCCAAUCCAUACUUCUUCCUAGGGCUCCAUUUCCGUACUUUGCGAACCGCGGUUUUUACUGAAUUCAGAACAAAUCUAUGUCUGAUUGAACAUAGAGGCUUUUGAUGGAAGGAUCCGAGAGGGAGAACGGAAGGUUAUCGUCGAUGGAAUCGGUGGAAUCUCGGUGGGUGUUUCAGAAUGAAGAAUCCUCCGGCAUCGCCAACGGUGAAGAUGAGGAUGAUAACGAUGGGAACGAGAGUUUGUUGUCAUCGCGUAAUGGUAUAGGUCUUGACUCCGAUGACGAUGAUGUUGAUAAUGCUGAACAGAGGCUUAUUCGAACUGGACCUCGGAUCGAUUCUUUUGAUGUUGAAGCGCUUGAAGUACCCGGUGCUCAGAGAAAUGAUUUUGAGGAUGUCAGUUUGGGUAGGACAAUUGUAAUGGCUUUUCAGGCUCUAGGAUUUGUUUUUGGUGAUGUGGGGACCAGCCCCCUGUAUACGUUCAGUGUGAUGUUCAGCAAGGCCCCGGCUAAGGGAAAUGAAGAUGUUCUUGGUGCAUUAUCUCUAGUUUUGUAUACCUUAAUCCUGAUCCCUCUGAUCAAGUAUGUUCUUAUUGUCCUCUGGGCUAACGAUGAUGGUGAAGGUGGUACAUUUGCAUUAUACUCAUUGAUAUGUAGGCAUGCUAAGGUUAGUCUUCUACCAAAUCAGCUUCCAUCGGAUGCUCGCAUAUCAAGCUUCAGAUUAAAGGUUCCAUCUGCUGAACUUGAGAGGUCACUGAGAUUAAAGGAGAGACUUGAAACGUCAUUGACCCUGAAAAAGCUUAUUCUGAUGUUAGUUCUUGCUGGUACUUCUAUGGUGAUAGCUGAUGGUGUUGUAACACCUGCAAUGUCAGUGAUGUCCGCUGUUGGUGGCUUGAGGGUUGGUGUUCCUGGGGUCAAGCAAGACCAAGUGGUGAUGAUUUCAAUAGCAUUUCUUGUAGUUCUGUUCAGUGUGCAGAGGUAUGGGACAAGUAAAGUGGGAAUUGUAGUUGGUCCUGCCUUGUUCAUAUGGUUUUGUUCUCUUGCGGGAAUUGGCAUCUAUAAUCUUGUGAAGUAUGAUACCCGUGUCCUGAAGGCUUUCAAUCCGGUUUACAUAUAUUACUUCUUCAAACGCAACUCAACCAAAGCAUGGUAUUCUCUAGGAGGCUGUCUCCUGUGUGUAACAGGUUCCGAGGCAAUGUUUGCCGAUCUUUGUUACUUCUCUGUGAGAUCUGUUCAGCUCACUUUUCUAUUUGUUGUACUGCCUUGUCUUCUGCUGGGUUAUCUUGGUCAAGCUGCUUAUCUUAUGGAGAACCAUGCUGACACAACACAAGCUUUCUUUUCGUCUAUUCCAAGUGGAGCUUUCUGGCCAGUAUUCCUUAUUGCUAAUAUAGCUGCAUUGAUUGCAAGUAGGACUAUGACAACAGCAACUUUCUCAUGUAUUAAGCAAUCAACAGCACUUGGCUGUUUUCCUCGGCUGAAAAUUAUUCAUACAUCUCGGAAAUUUAUGGGUCAAAUUUAUAUCCCUGUUAUGAAUUGGUUCCUACUGGGAGCAUCACUGGUACUAGUCUGUACAAUCUCAAAUAUGUACGAGAUCGGAAAUGCUUACGGCAUAGCUGAGCUGGGGGUUAUGAUGAUGACUACAAUCCUUGUUACUCUUGUUAUGCUUCUUAUAUGGCAGAUAAACAUUAUUAUUGUUCUGAGCUUUGCUGCCAUCUUUUUGGGACUUGAAUUGACGUUCUUUUCUUCGGUUCUAUGGGGUAUCAGUGAUGGAAGUUGGAUUAUAUUGGUCUUUGCCAUUGUCAUGUUUUUGAUAAUGUACAUCUGGAAUUAUGGAAGCAAACUUAAGUACGAAACUGAAGUCAAGCAGAAGAUGUCUAUGGAUUUGUUGCGAGAACUGGGUCCAAACCUUGGAACUGUUAGGGCUCCUGGUAUUGGCUUGCUUUACAAUGAGCUAGCAAAGGGCAUACCGGCAAUAUUUGGGCAUUUCCUUACCACUCUUCCUGCUGUACAUUCCAUGAUUAUCUUCGUGUGCAUCAAAUAUGUUCCUGUUCCUGUGGUACCUCAAAGUGAAAGGUUUCUGUUCCGCCGAGUAUGUGCUAAAAGUUACCACAUAUUUCGUUGUGUUGCUCGGUAAGUAUUUAAUUUCUGGAAAUCGGGUUGUGGGGAUUGUGGUAUUAGGAAAAUAAUUAAAUGAUGAGGUGUCAAGAAUCCAGUUGAAAUAAUUUCUAUUUUGAUAUAAAUUCUUUUCCCUUUUCAAUUAAAGAGAAAUGCAUUGGGAUUCAUUUUCACAUCAUGUGUUUCUGAGUUAGAAACAAAUUUUUUGUUCCAUGGUUUUCUGACUACAUUGUUGACAGAUAUGGUUACAAGGAUGCUCGAAAAGAAAAUCACCAGACGUUUGAGCAGUUGCUCAUUGAGAGCCUUGAGAAGUUCAUUCGACGGGAAGCACAAGAGCGUUCACUGGAGAGUGAUGGUGAUGAUGAUUCGGACUCUGAAGAAGAGCAUUCUUUCUCCAGGGUUCUCAUAGCUCCCAAUGGGAGUGUGUAUUCACUUGGUGUUCCCCUCUUGACAGAGUUCAGGGAGGAAAGCAAGUCAAUUACAGGGGCAAGCACUUCAGAGGAGGUGAUGCCAGAUUCAGAUCCUUCUUCAUCCGAUGCUGAGCAAAGUCUUGAGAAGGAGCUGUCCUUCAUACAUAGGGCCAAAGAGUCUGGUGUGGUUUAUCUUCUUGGUCAUGGAGAUAUUAGGGCUAGGAAAGAUUCCUGGUUCAUUAAGAAACUGGUCAUUAAUUACUUCUACGCAUUUUUAAGAAAGAACUGCAGGAGGGGGAUUGCAAACUUGAGUGUGCCACAAUCACAUCUGAUGCAGGUUGGGAUGACUUACAUGGUGUGAUGUUUGAAAAGGCCACGUAAUAAAGGUGAAAUUUUAUCCACAUUCAAGUUGGCAGCAAUAUUUGGCCGAGUUGGUUUGCAUAAGGGUUGUCGAGGGCUCUGCUAUGCUCUUGGAGAGAACAUGAUCAACGAAACAUCAAGAAUUGUGCAUAUCAUAGCGGUUUCUUCUAGGUCAGCUUCAGCCAGUUUCUGACUUUUGGUACUUGGGGGGAGAUUUUGUCAAAUUCAAUAGUAGAGUUCCCUGCAUACGCAUCCAUGCUUCCUUCACGGUGGGCAAAACCGGUUAAAGUUUGUGAAUUAUAUAUGGUUUCACUAAUUUUAAAAGCUGCCUCAAUUUUACUAUGUGUAUAAUUGCCCCUAUAGAUUGUACAUUCAAUGAAAUUUUUUCCUGACAAAUGCAGAGAGAAUUUUGGGUCUUAAGAUCGAUCGAUAAGAACCUACGUUCUCCCUUUUGAGAAGUUGAAAAAUCUAUCUUUUUUUUAUUUAUUUUUUUUAAUUUCAGGCUUAGAAUAUUCAGCUAGUCAAGAUAUUUGUGUAAACUCUAGUUGAUUCUUGGAAGGAACAUUUCGUACACAAAGUUUCUCUAAUGAAGGAUUGUACCAAACUACCAAUGGUGACUUGUUUUAAUCAGUG